AUGGAUAUCAAGCAAUCUGGAGCGAGCGCGAACACCGCAGAGGCGCAUCCUUCCAAUUCGAACUUGGGACUACAAUCUCAACCUGUACCGGCCCCGGACGCGAGUGCCCCUGUCACUGGGGAUCGCCAGAGUGACAACCACGGUGUACUGCCCACCUUCCAAAACCUUCGAAUAUCCCAACGAGAAGCGGCCCGUAACUCAGAGUUACCAAGCCAACCUGGAAACACUGGACCACCCUGUGUUCCUCCUAAAAUUGAGGCGAGCGACAGCAAUCAACAGGGAAGUGUACCCUCUAGUCAGCAUGUUGGAAACACACAUCAGGGGGACGACCGAUUCGUCGGCUCGUUUCAUAGUAGUGCUUCCCCAAAUUCGCCUCAAAGAGUUGAGCUACAAUCAAACAAUCCUUUUCGAGCCAGGCUGGAGCGUAGUCUUUCUGAUGCAACAUCGAAUCCCGAUACAACGUUCUCUCCCCACCUAACUCCAUCCAAUACUGGUGGUUCAUCACUGCACCCUUCUUCCCACGGCAUUGAUACGCAAUCUGCUCCGUCAGCUUCACUUGACGAAGGAUUGGGUAAGGCCUCUGCCCAGUCUGUCCUAGUUUUGGGAGUAGAAGGUAGUGCCCAUCAUGUCCCUUUGCAAGAAUCGCUACCCGCUCCAUCUGGCAGUUUGGCCGGGGCCUCUGUUGGUGGGGCUGGCUGUGAACGUAACAAGUCUCUCGAAUACCCACAUGAAGCUCCAUCGGUGCACUCCACUCAAGUCAAGGAGGAACUGCCUACAAGUCAAAUACCCCCUGUUCAAGAGCCGCCUUCUGAGGUAUAUGGUGUCCGUAUCGUUAAUUGGACCGAUGGAAUCAACAAAGCGAUGCGUCAAUCACCAAUUCUCGUCCAAAAUGAGAACGGUCCUUGCCCACUUUUGGCUCUUGUUAAUAGUCUGGUGAUGCGGACACCGCUUGAUAACCAGUCUCCUCUUAUAAGAGCUCUAUCCUCCCGGGAGAGGAUAUCGUUGGGGCUGCUGAUACAAGCCCUUUUUGAUGAACUCACAACCUACGUUAACGAAGAACAUCAGCUGCCUGACAUCGAGGAUCUCAGCAAGUUCUUAACUAUGUUACAUACAGGAAUGAAUGUGAAUCCACGUUUAACUCCCGAUGUAAAUCCUAACCAGCCGGGGAAAUUUCAUAAAACGCGCGAUAUUACUUUAUAUAGUGCUUUUCAUCUUCCUUUGGUACAUGGAUGGCUUGCUUCGCCAUCCUCCAAGGCCCACGAAGCAAUGCUUCGAGCAGGGGAGUAUCAUGACGAUAUUCAACUGCUACACUUUCGGAAAGAGGAGCUAGAAGAACGAGUGAUGGCUGGUGGCACUCUUUCUCCUACAGAAGAGCAGCUGAUCGAGGAUAUUGAUCACAUCCAACGUUUCAACCUAGAGAAUCCUACGCAAUUAAGCUCAUUUGGCCUUGAACAAUUACGCCGCUGUAUUGAGCCCGGCUCGGUCUCUAUAUUAUUUCGAAAUGAGCACUUUUCUACUCUUUAUAAACAUCCACAGUCAAAUGAGCUAUUCAGCCUUGUAACUGAUGCUGGCUAUGCUAGACACGCCGAUGUUGUAUGGGAGAGCCUCGUCGAUUCCAAUGGCGGAGGAUCUGGGCUGUUUUCUGGAGAUUUCCGUUCCACCGGAAAUGCCCCAUCUUCUGGUCAAUUGCAACAACUCCAUCAAACUGGAGCUGAUGGAACUGCUAGAAACGACAACAAUUCUAGUCAACUUGCAGUGCAUAAUGAGCAAACGGAUGCCGAUUAUGCGUACGCUUUGGCUCUUCAAUUUCAAGAUGAAGAAGAACAGCGCGAGCGGGAACGUCGUUCAAGUCGUCCCCAGCCUCAGUCUCCAAGACAGCAGACAGGUGUUGUUCAUGCCCGAUCCGCCAGCAGCGCCACCCCUCAGGGCCAUCGACGCCCAUCAGCAACAGGACAUCGACAACCCCGACACUCACAGGUUGUUCGCCCAUUAGUGCCCCCUCCUGGCACUCCCAUUCAUCAAACCGUCUCUGCUGACGCUGACGCACCGCCUCCCACCUAUGAACAAGCCGCGCAGACGCCGCCGUAUAAUCCGCAAGCACAUCAUAUCCCACAAUUCGGCGUAGCGAAUAGCAUUGCUGGGCCUAGGACGUCGAGCUAUAGUCACGACGGUUCAUACCAAGUGCCGCCUCCCAGGCGGCGGUCUCAAGUUCCAAUCGUAGCAGGAACACAUCAUGAACGCUUUAGGGAGAAAGAUAGGAGCAAGGACUGUGUUGUGAUGUGA